AUGACUGUGAUUAAAGCUCUGCUGGAUGUGAGAAUCAUACUUCUGCUACACUGGCUUGGGGUGUUUCUGUCCUUUUGUGGACACACCCAGGCUGAGCACCCCCAAUACCAUAGUCCCCCAGAAGUGGUGAUUCCUUUGAAGAUACUUGGCACUGGCAGAGGCAUGAAGCCUGCAGGCUGGCUCUCUUACAGCUUGCAUUUUGGGGGCAAGAGACAUAUUGUCCACAUGAAGGUCAAGAAGUAUUUGCUGUCCAGACACCUCCCAGUGUUCACCUACAUAGACCAAGGUGCUCUCGUUGAGGACCAACCCUUUGUUCAGAAUGACUGCUACUAUCAUGGUUAUGUGGAGGGGGACCCAGAAUCCCUGGUUGCCCUCAGUUACUGUUUUGGUGGCUUUCAAGGAUUGUUACAGAUAAAUGGCAUUGCUUAUGAAAUUAAGCCCAUGACUUUUUCUACUAAAUUUGAACAUCUGGUAUAUAAAAUGGAGAGUGAGGAGACCGAAUUUCCAGAAAUGUACUCUGACUUUGUGCAAGAGGAAAUUUUACCCCAACUGGAGUCUCAAGAGAUUAAUAAUUCCACUCAGAAGCAAAGUAAUUAUGUGGCCUGGUGGCGCCAUAUGUUUCUUGUUGAACUAGUAGUGGUGGUGGACCAUACUCUAUAUCUUCAUAUAAAAAAGAAUAUUUCAAAGUAUAAUGAAGAUCUAUAUACGAUGAUAAAUAUAGUAGACUCCAUUUAUGAGGUAUUGGGUAUUAAAAUGUUAUUGUUUGGUAUAGAGUUCUGGACUAAAAAAAACUACAUUGAAGUUAAUGAUAUAAGGAGAUCUCUGAGUUAUUUUUGUGUUUGGAAAAAUGAUAACCUUGCUGCCCGCCUGCCACAUGAUGCUGCACAUCUUUUUAUAAAUCAAACAGUACGAGGAAUGACUGGUUUAGGUUUUGUUAGCGGAAUGUGUCAACCACUCCGUAGCUGUGCAAUUAUUACUAAUGUAGACAGAAGCCUGAACUUGAUUGCAAUUGCAAUAGCUCAUCAUAUUGGCCAUAAUUUGGGUAUGUAUCAUGAUGGUCAUUACUGUUCAUGUGGGUACUUAAAAUGUAUAAUGCAUACUUCAAACCCACCGAUAACUUCAUUUAGCAAUUGUAGUCUUUCUUUUCUUUGGCUAUAUACUAUAAUAGAAGCAAAAUGUAUGCUCUACAAUAUAUACACAAAGGAUAUAUUUUCAAGAAAGCGUUGUGGGGAUGGUAUUGUUGAAGAAGAAGAGGAGUGUGACUGUGGACCUUUACAGAGUUGUGCAAAAGAUGCCUGUUGUCUGUCAAACUGCACUAUGACUUAUGGAUCUACUUGUGCUUUUGGACUUUGUUGCAAAGACUGCCAGUUAUUACCAUCUGGAAAAAUGUGUAGAAAAGAGGUCAAUGAAUGUGAUCUUCCAGAAUGGUGUGAUGGAUUAUCCCCUAUGUGCCCAGAUGAUGUAUAUGUGGAGGAUGGAAUUCCCUGUAAUGAAAGUGCCUAUUGCUAUGAAAAGAAAUGUAAUGACCGCAAUGCUCUGUGUAGGCAGAUUUUUGGCCAAGAGGCAAAGAGUGCAAGUCAUAAUUGCUACAAAAAUAUAAACACUGUUGGUGACCGUUUUGGUAACUGUGGUACCAAACUGUCUUCAUAUGUAAAAUGUAAUAUCUCAGAUAUCCUGUGUGGGAGACUUCAGUGUACGGAUGUGAAGGCAAUUCCCUCUUUGAGGGACCAUUCUACUGUGUAUCAGUCCCACUUCAAUGACAGCACCUGCUGGGGUCUUGACUACCACUUUGGGAUGCCCAAACCUGAUAUUGGUUACGUGAAUGAUGGCACAGAGUGUGGCCCAGAACAUGUCUGCAUUCACAGGAAGUGUGUCCAUAUAUCUCACUUGGAUAGUAAUUGUUCACCUAAGUUCUGUAACAUGAGGGGCAUUUGCAACAAUAAACAUCACUGCCAUUGCAACUAUAUGUGGGACCCACCCAACUGCCUAAUAAAGGGCAAUGGAGGUAGUGUUGAUAGUGGCCCGCCCCCUAAGAGAGAAAGGCUAAAGAAGAGUCACCUGUUAAUAUUCUCACUUUUUUGGUUGCUUAUCUUAUUAUGUUGUCUUCUUUACCUUUGUCUGAAGAGAAAAAAGAAAGAGGAAAAAGUUUCGACUCAACCUACAAAACCACCACAAAAGGUUCCAACAGAACCUACAAAGCCACCACAAAAGGCUCCGAGUCAGAUUGCAAGGCCACCACAAAAGGCUCCGAGUCAGACAGCAAGGCCACCACAAAAGGCUCCAAAAUCUCCGAGUGAGACUCCAAAAACACAGCAAAGUUUUCGGAGUCAAUCUAGCAUAUCGGUUCGCCAGGGUCAAAGUGGGAAACAAAGGUCAUCAAGCAUAAAAAGUGUACCCAAAUAA